AUGUCUCAAUGCAGCUGUAGUCUGCGAGACCUGCAUCCAACAUGGGGUUGGUUGGUGGUCGUCGGCGCUUUCGUCGUCAAUCUCGUCUGUAUAGGGACGCUGAAGUCCUUCGGGGUCCUAUUACCUUACCUGGUUGAGAACCUUAACACGAGUACGUCAUAUAUCGGUCUAGCCGUUGGUUUGUCACACGGUCUGUCUGUUGGUUUUGCCAUUGUGACGAAUCAGCUCUUAAAGAAGAUCAAUGCAAGAAAACUCAUCAUCUUCGGAGGAUUGAUGGCGGGUGGAGGAUACUGUGGAUGCGCAGUUGUUACCACCAUUCAAGAGUUCAUGACAUGCGUAAUUAUUUCAGCAUUGGGCUACGGGUUAGUCAUCUUAUCAAUACGAGUUACUGUCGUUCGGUACUUCCCCGCCAAUUACUUCAUCGCAGCAAGCAUCAUGUUAAGCGGUGGCGGGGUGGGGAUGAUGGUCUUACCCCUUCUCACAGAGUUCUUGAUUGAAGUCUACGGAUGGAGGGGUGCACUACUGUUAAUAGGUGGCCUAAAUCUCCAAACCAUGGUCGCUGGUGCCCUCCUUCGCCCCUGUCCUACCGACCGCACCCAUGAGUCUACGCCUCUGACAUCUAAUCAAUCUAUUAACCAUGGUCCAACCUACUCAAGACUAGCAUCUGACAACGACGGGGACGAAAACACUCUCUCCCCAGCCGACUCACGCCAAAAAUAUGAUCCAACUUCAAAGAACUCGCCGACGAGGAAAGAAGAUUUACCAGGGACGAGUUCGUCAAGCUACCACUCUGAGGAAUUGCUGGAGGAUCAAGCACCUUGGGGCGUUUGGAAAAAUAUUAAACACGGAUUUAUACAGAUGGUUCAUAUUUUGGAUUUUAGAAUAUUUUGUGACUAUCCUAUGUUUUCUCUAACCCUCGUGGCUAUAUUUCUUCAUGGUAUUACUUAUACCGGUUGGAUAGUUUUCCUGGUCCCAAAUGCCAUAGCAAAGGGGUAUUCACCUUAUACAGCUGUUUCACUUGCAGCAAUAGGAGGUGCUUCUAACGUUGUUGGCCGUCUCUCUAUCGGCUUCUUCCUCCAGAUGACCGAACGUUGCCUAACUCCAACCGAUGCCUUCGCUGGCGCCUUGAUGAUAAGCGCCAUCGCAUUCUUCAUGAACCCUGUCGCCAACAUGUUUGCGGUAAUCGCCAUCGCGGCCGUCAUCAAUGGUAUAUCGAACGGGUCCAAGACCGUCCUCGUAACCCUCGUCAGCCGCUCAUCCGUUUCACCCGAACGAUUCCCGACGGCUCUGUCGUUUGCGAUGUUCGUUCGGGGGUUUUCGGAACCGCUCGGAGGACUGAUUACAGGUUGGAUGUAUGACAGGACGCUAUCUUACAACGAUGCUUUCUUGGUUUUAGGUGCACUAGACGCAUGUGGGUUUGUCUUCAUGGUGCUUGCAAGAUGCUUCGCUUGCCACAGCAAGGCAUGA